AUGGAGGGGUGGGAUUCGAGCACGAAGUCGGCGCUGACGCAGAUCCCUCUCCUCUCGACGAGGGCGGGACCUCGAGACGGUGCGGCCUGGACGCAGCGGCUGAAGGAGGAGUAUCGCGCACUGAUCGCCUAUACCACCAUGAACAAGUCCCGCGACAAUGACUGGUUCCGUAUCUCCGCCGCCAAUCCCGAGGGCACGCAUUGGACUGGCACCUGUUGGUACGUCCACAACCUCCGACGCUACGAGUUUCAACUGCAGUUCGACAUCCCCGUCACUUAUCCCGCCACCGCCCCAGAGCUGGAGCUACCGCAGCUCGACGGAAAGACCCACAAGAUGUACCGAGGUGGCAAGAUCUGCCUCACCGUCCACUUCAAGCCACUCUGGGCCAAGAACUGCCCUAGGUUUGGAAUUGCUCACGCCCUUUGCCUGGGCCUCGCGCCUUGGCUCGCUGCUGAGGUGCCAAUUCUUGUCGACUCUGGCGUAGUCAAACACAAAGAUGACGAGCCUUCCUCAUCGGAAUCCUGAUGGUUUGUCUCUCAUGGCCAUUAAAGCUAAGCAUUAGAGCAAUGACUAUCUAUUUAAACUUUUGCUUAUUGGAGAUUCAGGUGUUGGAAAACCAUGCUUGCUUCUAAGAUUUGCGGUAACACUUGACUUGUAUCCUUUCCUCACUGUUUCUAGCUCCUAUAUUUUAAAACCCAGCACACAUCUUGGGUUUGUAGUUAAAUUUCUUAUUAUUGCAAAUCUUUCGCCUUUUUGUUACUUUUA